CUGGCGGCAGUGGCGGCUCUCCGGGCUGGGUUGUCAGUCAGUGAGCAGAGGGGGAAGAUGGCUCGCUGGGACCCGUUCUGUUAGGAAGAAGGGGGGGCAGGUGGUGCUUCUACUCCGGAGAAAGCAGAGCAGCCGCCGUCGCUGUCGCUGGGAGUCAAACAAGCCGAGGUUCUGGAGGUGGAGCUUGGGAAGCCGCUCUGGUUGGAGGUCUAGAACAGAUGUGGAAAGAUGUUCACUUCAGAGAAAGGGGUUGUGGAGGAAUGGUUGUCAGAGUUUAAGACACUACCAGAAACAUCUUUAUCAAAUUAUGCCACAAAUUUGAAAGACAAGAGUUCUUUAGUUUCAUCUCUGUAUAAAGUUAUCCAGGAGCCACAAAGUGAGUUGCUAGAACCCGUCUGUCACCAGCUCUUUGAAUUCUAUCGCAGUGGAGAAGAGCAGUUGCUUCGAUUUACACUGCAGUUUCUUCCAGAAUUGAUUUGGUGCUACCUUGCAGUCUCAGCCAGCAGAAAUGUGCAUAGCAGUGGAUGUAUCGAAGCUCUUCUUCUAGGGGUUUACAAUUUGGAAAUAGUUGACAAACAGGGACAUAGCAAAGUAUUGAGUUUUACGAUUCCGUCUUUAUCCAAACCAUCUGUAUAUCAUGAACCUUCCAGCAUUGGGUCCAUGGCUCUGACUGAGAGUGCGCUAUCCCAGCAUGGUUUGUCGAAAGUUGUGUACAGUGGACCUCACCCCCAAAGGGAGAUGCUGACAGCACAGAAUAGGUUUGAAGUAUUGACAUUCCUUUUGUUGUGUUACAAUGCUGCCUUAACCUAUAUGCCCAGUGUUUCUCUUCAAUCAUUGUGUCAGAUUUGUUCAAGAAUCUGUGUUUGUGGCUAUCCCCGACAACAUGUAAGAAAAUACAAAGGAAUAAGUAGCAGGAUACCAGUUUCUUCAGGGUUCAUGGUACAAAUGUUAACAGGAAUUUAUUUUGCUUUUUAUAAUGGAGAAUGGGAUCUAGCUCAAAAAGCAUUGGAUGAUAUUAUAUACAGAGCUCAGCUAGAAUUAUAUCCAGAGCCAUUGUUGGUUGCUAAUGCCAUAAAGGCUUCAUUGCCUCAUGGUGCCAUGAAGUCUAGUAAGGAGGGUACAAGGUGUAUUCAAGUUGAAAUCACACCAACUUCCUCUAGAAUAUCAAGAAAUGCAGUAACCAGCAUGUCAAUAAGAGGUCAUAGGUGGAAAAGACAUGAGCAACCUGACAACAGUAAUGAUACCAGUGAAUUGGGCAUCCUUGUCAUUCCUGAGAUUAGUGUCACAAAUGUGGCCGGAGAGAGAACCGGGAAUGGGGAAAAAGGCAGAACACUAGGAGAGAUUGAUGCUCAGCAUAUACAGGGUGUGCAGGAAACAGCCACAGAUCCUAGAACUGAGAGCAAAGGCUUGCCAGAGAUCAGGAGGCAAAAAUCUGUAAGAAAAAUGAUGGAGGAUGGAAUAAACUCACCUGGCAGAGUGCAGUUUUAGCAGAGCACUUUCUAGCUGCCCUCCAAGGAAAUACAGAAUUAACAGGUCAAGAAGAACUCAUGGAGAUAUCUGAAGUUGACGAGGGAUUUUAUUCCCGGGCUGCGUCUAGUACUAGCCAAUCGGGUUUAUCAAACAGUAGUAACAAUUCUAGUAACAAGACAAGUGUAGGAAAGACUCAGAGACGGUCAGGAGGAAGCAAAACUGGAGGAAAAGAAAAAGAAACCACAGGGGAGUCUUGCAAAGACCACUUUGCCCGAAAACAAACUCAGAGAGCCCAAAGUGAGAAUCUUGAGCUUCUCUCUUUGAAGAGACUGACAUUAACUACCAGCCAAUCUCUGCCUAAACCUUGUAGCCAUGGUUUGGCUAAGACAGCUGCAACCGUAUUCAGUAAAUCCUUUGAACAAGUCAGUGGUGUCACAGUCCCACAUAACCCAUCAUCUGCUGUUGGCUGUGGGCCUGGGACAGAUGCCAAUAGGUUUUCUGCUUGUAGUCUCCAAGAAGAAAAGCUUAUUUACGUUUCUGAAAGGACUGAACUUCCAGUGAAGCAUCCAUCAGGUCAGCAGAGACCUCCUAGUAUCAGCAUUACCUUGUCUACAGAUUAAUUUGUAAUAGUUUUCCCACCUAACUAGUGAAUCUAGAAAUACGACUCUGCUUCUUUAUGAAAGCACCCAGCAUCUUUCAUCCCUGUCCCAGGCAGGAGCCCUUGUGUCUUAAAUUCUAAAGGCUACCUUGACCUUAUGAAGGGAAUAACGUGUAGGUUGUAAUAAGGUCAAACGUGGUUCUGUUAUUUCUUGGGUGUAUUUUCCCCCCUUGAUUUGAGUCUUUUUUUUUUUAUUUGUUUCUAUGGUCUAAGAUGGUCAGUGUCACAAUACAUUUUGGCAAGUUGUCUGAUCAAAUUGGGGACAUCUCGUGAGGUUGUGAGUUCUUAUUUUUUUAAUAACUCCUAUUUUGGUAGUUGUAUGUUUGGCCUUCAGCGUAAAAGGGAAUCUCAUGCAUGGGAGCUGUUUUUGAAAGGAGGCAGAGGGUGCAACUCCAGGAAUUCUGUAGCUGACUGCACAACAGGGCAGUCUGAAAAUCAGGCAUGUUAAAAAAACAAAAAUGAUGUGUAUGAAAAGUGCCUGAUAAAAAUGUUUGUAAUCAGAUUGUCUUUAAGAUUAGUGGAAUCAUUUAUAUAAAGCACUGGAAAAAGCCUCGUAACUCAGUACCUAGACUAUUAUGUAAUUCCAGGGGAAGGGUAGAGGGAUUUCUGUUGUUAUCUUUGGAACAUUUUUAUAUAAAAAAUCAGAUUGCCAGUAGAUGUGUUGUUUUGAAGUAUUUGAUCUGGAUUUAGCAGGUGAAAAUCCCUUUCAAUUCCUAAAACGUAAUCAGCCAUGAAGCUGACUUACCCUGCUGCUUGACUUUGGAAAUCCUAGGUAGUUUGGUUUCCUAGAAUUCAAAGUACACAUCAUUGAAGUCUUCCUGGAAAUCAUUGUAAAUCGUGCAACACAGCUCUCAAGACACCGGUGUCAACCAUAUAAUAUUGAAUUGUUUGUCAGCAAAUGAAGGAAAUUAGGUAAAUUUUUCAUCUAUAAAAUGUCAUGAAAGAAAGCAUAAUGAAAUAUGGACAAAGGACAUUUAUGUAAUUAAUUUAGGUUUAUUUAUGUUUGUGCUCUUAAAUUUAGAAUUGUAAAAUAUGAAAGAAGUUAAAUAAUUUGUUUGUGAACGGGCCUAGUUUAAAUGUUCUUGUCAUGGUAGAAAGAAUAAUCAAUGUAGUUGCCCCCAACCAAAAAAUAAAAAUAAAAAAGGCAAUAUGGCAGAAGCAAAACAAACUUGUAUGUAGCUGUAGAGAACUGUGUGACCUCUAGAUAGAUGUAAAAUGUGGUAUUUGCUAGUGCUCGUCCUUUUAGCUGUGGUCAAGGCUCCCUGUAAAUCAAGUGUACGUAACUAAUAAUUCAGAGGGAGAGAAAGAAAGCAGGGCUGAGGAUAAGGGUUAAUUGACUGGGAGGGAAGGCCUGUCUGUCCCCUCUUUGUCUCCUUCACUAUUAAUGCACAGUGGUUUCCUUAUUCACAGUCCCUAGUUGUAGUUGCACAGAAAAUGUUAGUUUUCCUUUUGUGCCUGCUUAUGCAGAGCUCAAAUGUGAAAAAUUUGUAUGUCCUAAAGAGUGCUAAAGCAUACGCUAUGAAUGCAGUUUUGAUCAUAACUGCUUUGGCUACCAUUUUAAAUUUAAAUCUUCAAAAAGCAUGAACUAGUUUUCAUUCAUUAAUCUUGAAUAGAAUAUGGCUUUUAUUAGAAGUGAAUUUGAGUUUUUUAGUUCCACUAAUAGAAAUGGAAUAAGAUCUAUUGCCAUAAACUGUAGUUUAAAAAAAAAAAAAGAAAAAAAAAAGGUAAGACUAGACCGUGAAACUUGAUAUUGUAUUAAUUUAACAGGAAUCCUGUGUACAAUUUAAAAUAUUUGUAAAAUGUCACUGUGAAUUUCCUUUUGUCUUUUUCUAAUUCUUUAACAAAAAAAUUCCCUCAGGCAUAUAGCUACUAACAAUAUUAAUAGUCUUAAGAAUUAAUUUUAGAAGAUUGGCCUUUUAAGCAAGUCAAGUGCUUAGGAAACAUUGUAGAAUAAAUCUGAGGAAACAUCUGGCAGAAAUGAGAGAUCAGAUUUUAAUGAUCAACUGCUGUAAUGGAACCUCAUUUUGGUAUUAUUCUAGAUCAUUGCUACUCCUACAGUCUGAGGACCAGUAAGUAGCAUUGGCAUCACUAGGCAUCUUGUUAAAGAUGUAGAAUUUCAGAGCCACUUUUAAUCUACUGAAUCAUAAUCUGCCUUUUAACAAGAUCCUUAAGUGAUUUUUAUGUGCAUUAAAGUUUAAAAAGAGAGUAUCAAAAGUACAAAUUACCUACCUAAUAUUUGGAAUUUUCAGUGGUCUCACAACACUAGAUCAAAUAUGUUAGAUACUAAAUAUUAUAAUCUUCAUUGUUUUUAAUAGCUUAUAAAUUUUUAAUAGUGUCUAUGACACUUAUUAGAUCCUUACUUCUAAAUUUUUAAUGAUUUUCAUUUAUUUUUACAAUAAAAUUAUAACAUUUUAUAUUUUUCAUAUUAACUAUAAAUGGAAUCAGAGCUGUAGAUGCGUACCAUUUUAAGUAUGAAAGAGGUACCACCGUUUUAUACAAUGCACAACAAAUCUUCAUGUGUAUAUUCUUUAAAGAACUCUGAAGGCUUACUUAGUGGAGUGGUUCUGAAUUUUUGUUUCAAGUAAUUUGCACGAGUUGAUUUCCUGGAAGUUAUGUUGACAGUAAAAUUAUUUUAUAGCACCUUUGAUACUAUAUCAAAUAAGGGUUAUACAUUUGAAAAUUUUUAUAGCAAGUAUAAAUAUUGGAUAAAUGCUAACUAUGGUAACAAUUACAAUUAUCCCUCUUACUCAGCUUUCCUGAUUUUAAAGUUGGGGUGACUUUUUUAGGUCAUUUUUUCACAAAGAUGCUAAUGUAACCAUUUGGUCACAGAUCUCCUCUAUAUCUUUAUCACAAAAAGGAUUCUGCCCCAAAUGGGAAAUUGCACCCCAUAGUUCAAAGGAUCUGAACAAAAAUUAUAGUUCCAUUCCACAUUUUAAGCCAUUAGGGAGUCUUAAAAUUACCCAACCUCUCACUCUUCAAGUACUCAACUACCUGGGGUAUUCUAGUGAAGGUAGGUCCCAGCAUUUGCCUUUGGAAUUGAGUAGGGACUUGCCUUUGGAAUCAAGUUCAAGGGAGUGUCCCCAGAGGACCUAGGACAGGUGAGCACCCUGGAACCCCUUGUACUCCACCAUGGAACUUUUUGAGGCAGCUCUGUAGAUUUGAAGGGUAGAAAUUCUCAGUCCUUAAAUGAUGACAAAGUUUGUUUUGAAAAAGCAGUAUUUUGUUGCCCUUUUCAAUUAUGAAGCAACUGCUUAGUAAACAAAACAAAAAAUUAAAGGGAAAUAUGUUUUUUAAACCAAAAUAGAUAAAAAUGAUACCAGUUUUAAGGGAUUUUGCCUAUUUUGGAAGACUCAAAUUACAAUGUUAAAACCUUUACAUUUAAAUUAUAGAGAAAAAAAAUUGUACCCUGAGACAUAAUUUUAAAUAGAUAUUUAAAAUAAGACUGUUUAACAUUUGACUCUAUAGGCACAAUAAAUUUACACUUUGUUAAAGGGAAGCACAUCAAGGAAAUCUGUAUCAUAAAUAAUGUAACAAAAAAUGUUUCUUAAAAAGCCAUUAAAAAGAAGAAUAAUUUGAUGGGCACUUAAGCAUUGUAGAUAGAAAUAAAUGUAUAAUAGUGUCUUCCCAGUCUUUGGAUAAAAAAUAUAAACUCUCUAGUCCUUUACUUAGCAUGAAAUUUAUAUUUUUAGAUUAGUUGCUUAGUAAAAUUAUACUCAGUACUUGAGUUAUUCACAUUUAUGUUUAAUAUUGUUGAAUUCUUUAUCAGAGAACAUAAAUAUGUUAUCCUCUGUAUUUUGUAACUUGUGCAUAUCUAAAAAGACUAGCAGUGAACAUUUUGGAAGAUGUUUUUGUGUUCUUUUAUAGUAGAGAUCUAGAGUACCUGUAUCUUAAUAUGAAGUUUCUUUUAGUAAACUCAAGAUCUUAUUUUGCAUACCUUUGCUUUCUCUUAUGUAGGGUUUUUUGUGUACUGCUUAUCUUUAUUUCUAAUCCUGUAGUGAUACUAAUCUUUUCAUAGUAAAUAUACUUGUUUCUAAUUGUAUUCCAGGAGUUUACAUUCCUAAAGAAUAAACUAUGACUUUGCAUAUUUUUAUGUGCUCCCUACAUUUUUAAGGCUAUGGAAAUAAACUGGAGUUUAGUUUUUUGAAGUUUUGUAUAUUUGUGUAAAUGUCCUUAUGCAGUACUUUAUACAGCAGUGUUGCCUCUUGUUUUAUUGAAAUAAAAACUGAAAAAAUAUG